AUGGUUGCAAUGAGGGGGCAGAGGGAGAUCGUGUCGUUGGGGGGCAAAGUUUGUCGUCAAGAGGUGAGCCCUCCGGGGGUGCCCCUUCUCCACCAUAUCCCGCUAGCUGUCCUUUCCAACACUUUUGUGGAGAAUGUUCUUGGUCGCCUCUUUGCAGCCCAUUCCAAUGGCCUUAAAGCCCUUGAGUUCUUCGAAUUUUCCCUCCGCCAUUCACAGUUCAGUCCGAGCGCAGAUGCCUUUGAGAAGACAUUGCACAUCCUUGUACGAAUGCGUUAUUUUGAAAAAGCUUGGGAGUUGAUGGCAAAAAUUGGAAGAGAACACCCUUGUUGCCUUACGCUAAAGUCAAUGAGCAUCAUGUUGUCAAAGAUUGCAAAGUUCCAGUCUUAUGAAGACACCCUUGCAGCUUUCGAAAAGAUGGAGAAUGACGUUUUUGUUGGGAAAAAAAUUGGUACAGAUGAGUUUAAUAUUCUUCUUCGACCUUUUUGCACGCAGAGGCAGAUGAAGGAAGCGCGCUCUGUGUUCCGAAAGAUGUACUCCAGGUUUUCCCCUGUCAAAAAGAGCAUGAAUAUAUUGCUCUUGGGUUUCAAGGAGUCGGGAGAUAUUACGGCUGCAGAAUUGUUCUAUCAUGAGAUGGUCGCUAGAGGUUUUAGGCCAAAUGUUGUGACUUAUAACAUCAGAAUUGAUGCUUACUGUAAGGCAGGAUGCCUUGGCGAUGGUCUGAGACUUCUUGAAGAAAUGGAACAGGCCAAUUUCUCUCUGACUUUAGAAACAAUCACUACUUUGAUACAUGGAGCUGGAAUUUCUCGAAAUCUAAUCAAGGCGCAGCAAUUAUUUCAGGAGAUCCCUUUCAGAAACUUACAUCCUGAUACUGGGGUUUAUAAUGCCUUGAUGAGUUCGCUUAUUAGAUGUAAGGAUUUGAAGUCUGCAGUUGCGUUAAUGGAUGAAAUGGAGGAGAUACAUAUUGACCAUGAUUAUAUGACCUAUCACAUCAUGUUCUCUGGAAUGAUAAAAAAAAUGGACUUCGAGGGUGUAUCUCACCUAUUUGACAAAAUGGUUCAAAACAAUUUUGUUCCUAAAACACGAACUGUGGUUGUGCUAAUGAAGCUUUUUUGUGCAAAUUCUCGUGUUGAUUUGGGUUUGCAUUUAUGGGAGUAUUUGAUGGGGAAAGGAUAUUGUCCUCAUGGUCAUGCGUUGGAGCUUUUGUUGACAGGACUGUGCUCUAGAGGUUUCGUGAAAGAAGCUUUUGAGUGCUCAAAACAAGUGCUGGAGAGAGGGAGGCAUUUAAGUGAAGCAGCAUUUCGAUUGAUAGAGAGGCGUCUAUUACAAGAAGGAGAGAAGGAUCAGUUGAGGAAGCUUAAUCAGAUGAUUGAUAAAUUACGUACCCAUUUGCCUCCAAUAACAGAGAAAAUGCUAUAAGUAUCCUGGCUGCUCCGACAAAGUAAUGGCUCCAUUUUUAAGCACGUAA